UCUUUACUUUCUUUUCUCCUAUAUAAUUAAUAACAACAAGCCAAGCUCAGAACUAAAUAAGGCUAUUGAAUUCUCUUGUCCCAUAUCAUUUAUCAAUCCACCAUUACUCUCUUUUGCAUCUCAUUUUCUUUGUUCACGCUGCCUCUUACAUUCAGGAUUGGAGGUCUAAGAAGCGCCUAUUCAAGAUCCAUUGUGAACGUCGUAUGGGGAUAUCGUUUUCGUGCCCACUUGCUUCUCAUAUUGAUUUGGAAAACAGUCUUGAAUCUGUCAUUGUCAAGUCUAUCAACUUUGGUGACAAUGAUGAGCAUAAGACACCAUUACGAUCUAUUAGCUUCAAAAGCCAAGAUUCUGAACCCAUAGUGAUGCAAUCAGAUGGUUCAGGAAAUAUGCUAAUAGAAAAAUCCAUCAGCUUAAGGACUACAAAGGAAAAUGUAAUUGGCAUGAAUGAAGAAAGUCCGGAAUCGCCAUUGGCAUAUAGUAGCAGCCCAAAAGAUGAAGCAGCUGUAAAGUUGCAGAAAGUAUACAAGAGCUUUCGAACAAGACGAAAAUUAGCAGAUUGUGCUGUACUCAUUGAGCAAAGCUGGUGGAAACUAUUAGAUUUCACAGAACUCAAACACAGUUCCAUUUCAUUUUUUGAUCUUGAGAAGCAUGAGACAGCGAUUUCGCGCUGGUCAAGAGCAAGAACUAGAGCUGCCAAGGUAGGCAAAGGCUUAUCUAAGAAUGGUAAAGCCCAAAAACUUGCUUUACAACAUUGGCUUGAAGCUAUCGAUCCACGACAUCGUUAUGGACACAACUUGCAUUUCUAUUAUGUUCAGUGGUUGCAUUCUCAAAGCAAAGAGCCCUUCUUCUACUGGUUGGAUAUUGGAGAAGGCAAAGAAGUUAAUCUUAUUGAGAAAUGCCCGCGAUGGAAACUACAGCAGCAAUGCAUCAAGUACCUUGGUCCUAUGGAAAGAAAGGCUUAUGAAGUCGUAGUGGACGAUGGGAAGCUCUUGUACAAAGAAACUGGGAAGCUCCUUGACACUACUGGUGAAACAAAAGGUACUAAAUGGGUAUUUGUCCUAAGCACCUCUAAAACCUUAUAUGUUGGGAAGAAAAAGAAAGGAACAUUUCAGCAUUCUAGUUUCUUGGCCGGGGGCGCCACUUUAGCUGCUGGCAGGAUAGUUGUGGAACAAGGAGUUUUGAAGGCUGUGUGGCCUCACAGUGGACAUUAUCGACCUACUCCAGAAAACUUUCAAGACUUCGUUUCGUUUCUCAGGGAGAACGAUGUGGACCUAAAUGAUGUUCAGCUUGAUUCUAUCGAUGACGAAGAAGAUUCUACUGGCAAGAAGAGUGGUGUAUACCUUAGAGAUAAUGCUUCUGAUGAUGACAUAGCUCAAAAGGAUGAUUUAGAAGACUCAACUUCAGAUAAAAAUGAGUUGAAAGAACAAGCAACUGUUGCUGCUACACCACUUACCAAGUCAAGUUCAUCUCAUUACUUCAGUGACAAAUUGACUAAACUAAAAAUUCCUAUUAAUGAUGAUUUACUCGAGAGAUUGACGAACGAAAGUGCAGCUGUUAAAUCCAUUUCCAACUCAGAUGGAUAUGAAUCAGAAGAAGAACAAGAAAGUCAUGAAGGAACAAUUCCACAAGAAUGUAUAUUGAAGAGGAUAAAUUCACACAAGGGAAUGAAGUCAUUUCAAUUGGGAAAGCAACUGUCUUGUAAAUGGAGUACUGGAGCUGGACCUCGAAUCGGAUGCUUGAGAGAUUACCCCUCACAACUGCAAUCCCAUGCAUUAGAAGAAGUUAACUUGUCCCCGAGGAGUGUUUGUCGUCUCAAGUUUUAUUCAAGGGCAUCAAGCUUUAGUAGGGAAAUGCAAGUGCAUUCUUCUCAUACCAAGGUUCUAUCCAAUCACCUGUCUAGAACACAUUCUUCUCCAUUUUGUAAAGGACUCUAACAUCAUACUCAUAGACAUAGGUUUAGUUCUCAUUCAUUCAUUUAUUUAUUGUGAAUAGCAAAAAUGACAUAGGAAUUCUUUCACAUUUUUUCUAGGAAUUCUUUGAUAGUUUUUUCUAUUCAAUUUUGUAUAAGAUUCUUGUUCUUGAUAUCAGAAAGCAGGACUAUAUUGUAAAACUUUGCGAGUUCCAAUACAUUUUAGUUGGAAAAGAAAGAAAUGAUAAAUAAGAAGAAGAAAUUUUA